AUGACAUUUUUCAAAAAGAGCUACGAAGGACUAUGAAAGUCUAUAAUAAGACCCAAAAGGGAAAUCUAUGAUUUAGGCGAUCUUGGCCCAGCAGAGUUUACAAUAGAGAAUCGAAGAUACCAAAGAAACGAUAUAAUUCUUUAUAAUCAAAGAAAUAUGAAACUUGUCUGCUCGCUCUUUGAGCCUAUCCCAGAGCAGAGAAUAGAAAAAAGGCUACCAUGCGUUAUAUUUCUCCAUGGGAAUUGCAGUUCAAGAUUAGAGGGAAUAAAUACUUUACACACGCUUUUACCUUUAAACAUAACAGUAUUUUGUUUUGACAUGUCUGGAUCUGGGCUUAGUGACGGGGAGUAUGUUACGUUGGGAUGAUAUGAGAGAGAUGACGUAGCUUGUGUAAUUGAUUAUUUAAGAAGUACAGAAAAAGUUUCAUAUAUUGGACUCUGGGGACGAAGCAUGGGAGCUGUGACAGCACUGAUGCAUGGACAUCGAGACCCAUCAAUAGCAGCGAUGGUUAUUGACAGCCCCUUUUCUUCUAUGAGUGUAUUGUUAAAAGAAAUUGCAAAGGAUUAUACAAGAGUUCCUGGGUUUUUGGUUUCCUUACUCCUCCCAGCUCUUUUAAUUUUUCAAAAACAUUGGUAAAAUUUGUAAUUCAACACCUUAAAAAUUUGUUUUCAAUAGGAAAAUUUUAUCGGUGAAAUUCUAAUUUUUAUAAAACUAGUUUUGACUAAAUUUUUAAGACAAAAUGCAAUUAGAAUGUUAUUUAAACAGUUUUCACACUGAAUCGAUUAAUUCAUUCUAUUCAAUUCUUCAUAAAAAUAAAUAAAUUCAAGUCAUUUGCUCAAUUUAUAUUUUUUUUUAAAAUUGUAAAAAAAUUAAAGAUGAAAAUAGUAAUUUUGAAAAAAAAAUAGUAUUAAUCAAAUUUAAUUAAAAGUUUAAGGAGAAUUCUCUUUAACAGUUUUAAUUUUUAUUUUUUUCUUCAUAAAAAUAAUUAAAAUUUAAAUAAUUGUGUUGAUUUAUUUUUUUAAAAUAUUUUUUAAGAAAAAUUUAAACAUGGAUUUUUUUUAAAGGAAAUUAACCCCCUUUAAAAGGGAAUAUGAAUUUUUGUUUCAAUUUAAAUGAGGGAAGUUAGCAAAAGGGUGUGUUAAAAAGACAAUCAGAAAAAAGGCUAAUUUCAACUUAUUUGAAUUAGAGCCAAUUAAGCAUGUAGACAAGUGCUUCAUUCCUGCUCUCUUCGUAGCAGCUAAUCAAGAUGAAUUAAUAAAGCCGCAUCAUUCUGAAAGAUUGCAUGAUAAGUAUGCAGGAGAAAAAAGCUUGAUUAUUGUGGAUGGAGAUCAUAAUUCUGAUAGGCCGCAAUACGCAUUGGAUUCCAUUGGAAUUUUUUUUUAUAACACUUUACAGUGUGAAAAUUCUUGGAUGAUUUCCCAUGAGGAAGAACGAAAAAUGUCUGAUAAUUUACUAAUCCCAAUGCAAGAAGAUUUUCAAUCCACAAGCGUAAGUGAACUGCGGCUUCUUGAAUCCCAAUCAUUUUCUUUAUAUUAUCCUAAAUUAACAGAAGAAGAACAGAAAAAAUUUGAUGAAGAAAAUCAAAGAUUAAUGCAGAAUUUAGGGUAUUUAAAUACAAAUAGUGUCUAA